UAGACUUAAAUAUAGCUUUUCUCUUUGUUCUUGUUCUUGGUAUUGGUGAUAUUAGUGAGGUGAUAUUUUUCCAUCAAACUCUUUCUUUUUCUGGUAUUCGUCACAGGAUUAUAUCUGCAUGCUGUGACUGAAACAAAGCUUGUGGUAGAUACUUCAAGGGGGGAAACUCUACGCAUCAAUUUUGAUGUCACAUUUCCUGCUCUUGCAUGCUCAAUCCUCAGCCUUGAUGCAAUGGACAUCAGUGGAGAGCAACAUCUUGAUGUGAGACAUGACAUAAUUAAGAAAAGGUUAGAUGCACAUGGCAAUGUUAUAGAAUCGAGGCAAGAGGGAAUUGGUGCUCCCAAGAUUGAGAAGCCUUUACAGAGGCAUGGUGGCAGGCUCGAGCACAAUGAGACAUAUUGCGGUUCAUGUUAUGGUGCGGAAGCGUCUGAUGAUGAUUGUUGCAACUCCUGUGAGGAUGUUCGUGAAGCAUACAGAAAGAAAGGUUGGGCUUUGUCAAAUCCAGAUUUAAUUGACCAGUGUAAGAGAGAGGGUUUCCUUCAGAAGAUUAAGGAUGAAGAAGGUGAAGGGUGUAAUAUAUAUGGCUUUUUAGAAGUUAAUAAGGUGGCAGGGAAUUUUCAUUUUGCACCUGGGAAAAGCUUUCAGCAAUCAAAUGUUCAUGUACAUGACUUGCUGGCAUUUCAAAAGGACAGUUUUAAUAUAAGUCACAAGAUCAAUAGAUUAGCCUUUGGAGAUUACUUCCCUGGUGUUGUGAAUCCUCUGGAUGGUGUUCACUGGACACAAGAACAACCAAGUGGGAUGUAUCAGUACUUUAUCAAGGUUGUACCUACUGUGUAUACAGAUGUGAGUGGACACACUAUCCAGUCAAAUCAGUUUUCUGUAACAGAGCAUUUUAAGGGUGCAGAUAUAAAUCGUCUUCAGUCCCUCCCAGGAGUUUUCUUCUUUUAUGACCUUUCACCUAUCAAGGUGACUUUCACAGAGCAGCAUGUCUCAUUCUUGCACUUUCUAACAAAUGUGUGUGCUAUAGUUGGAGGUGUUUUCACAGUUUCGGGAAUAUUAGACUCUUUCAUAUACCAUGGUCAAAGAGCAAUCAGGAAGAAAAUGGAAAUCGGUAAAUUUAGUUGAUGAUAGAUCCAGGUAGCAUGAGUUGUUGCUGUUUUGUCUGCCAGUAACUGGUGCUUGGGAAAAAUCAAACCGAGUAAAUGAGAAGAUGAUUGCGAUGCAGUACCUGUUCAGUUGUUAGCUUCCUUGUAAUCAUGACUGAAAUUUUGUUUUGACGCAUUCCAUGGUUGAUUUAGACUGAUUUAUAUAGUUUUUGUAGCCUUGAAAUCAAAGAGUCCUAAAACAGGCUUUGGAUAUAUGAAUACAUGUUUGAAAUGAGAAGCGUGGGGGUUGGAUAA